CCUUCACCUUGCUAAAGCAGACGAUUUUUUUUUUAAAGAAGUGCACAAAGAAAUGAAUGAUGCCAGGGAGAGUCCCCAAAAUUAUAAGGUUGAUUCGCCAAGCAAAAGGAUUGAAUGCCGAUCCAGAUGAUGAUUCACUGCUUGAUAAACUGACUCCUCAUGUUCCUGGCAUUGUUACCUUUGCUGAUCAUAACAGGAAGCUACCAUGGUCUACAGAGUAUUCAACAGUACUUGUGUUUGCAGAUGUUUCAGGAUUUACUGCUCUAUGUGAACGCUACAGUGCAAUGCAGGACUCUGGUAUUGAUAAACUGACAAAAACUUUGAAUGGUUACCUUGGUGCUAUAGUAGAAAAUCUUAUUUCUUCUGAAGGGGAUGUUCUUAAAUUUGCAGGUGAUGCCAUUUUGGCAGUGUGGAGAGUAAACAGUGAGACUGAAAUGACACCGAUUCUAGAAAGAGUUAUUGCUUGUUGUUUAGACAUCCAGAAAGAAUAUGGAGAAUGGCAAACUGAUAUUGGGAUUACACUUACUGUUAAAAUGGGUAUUUCUACAGGACCCAUGAAAGUUACCUUUCUUGGCAAUAACGAAUUUAGAGUUUAUGUUGAGACUGGCAAAGCAGUAUCAGAUGUAAAUGUUGCUGAGAGUUUUUGUCAGUCUGGUUACGUUGUAGUAUCACCAGAUGCAUGGAGUCUUUGUACACAAGAGAAAUAUGAAACAGAACUUUUGCAUGAUGAGCAACAUGUACAUAUUUUAUCAGAGAAAAUUAUACCAGCAGCUGGAGCAGGAAAGAAGCACUUUAGAAAAGUUGGACAUGCAGCGAUGUUUACAUCUAAGUUAUCAUUUUCACCAGCAGAACCAACAGUGCCUCCUGUGGUUAUUGAAUCAAAUCUUUUAGUACCAUCAGAUCUGCCAGUGGAACCAACUCCUUCUAAAUUGUCAAAACUCUCUAAAUUGCGUGGUAUUGUCAAAACUGUUACUGAUAUGAAACUUGAUGAAGCAUUAAGACUUUUCAUUCUUCCACCUGUGUUAAGGAAGAUUGAUGAUUUCCAGCCAUUAGAGUAUCUGUCUGAAAUGAGACAAGUGUCAAUAGUAUUUAUAAAUCUUGUCUUAAACAAAGAUGAGAAUGAAGAAGAACUUUUACAGAAGAUAUUUGGUGUUGUUUAUAUACAGAUCAAAGCCUUGCAUGGUUGUCUGAAUAAAGUUUUUCUUUUUGACAAGGGGUGCACCUUUCUUGUUUUAUUUGGUUUACCUGGAUUUAAGCAUGAACAGGACUGUGCCCAUGCUUUGAUGUGUUCAUAUAGAAUGAAGGAGACAUUGUGUGAUGUUACAGGAGUUUUGCAUGUAUCUAUUGGUGUUACAACAGGUACAACCUUCUGUGGAGUGGUUGGGCAUAGCAAAAGACAUGAAUAUUCAGUGAUAGGAAGAAGAGUAAACUUUGCAGCAAGGUUGAUGAUGCACUACCAAGACAAAGUAACCUGUGAUGACAGAACAUUCCAAUUAUCCAGGUUACCUGCCAAUAACUUUGAUGUUCUUAUCACCAAGAGAAUGAAAGGAUUGAGAAAUGUUGGAAUUAUUAGAGAAUUUAAAGAAAGUGAAGAAUUAGGUGUUGGUGUAAACAGUGUUCCAUAUUUUCACUAUCCAUUGUUAGGCUGUAGAAAAGAAGUUGAAAUGUUUGAAGAGCAAGUGAUAACUUUGAAAAAUGAAGAUGAUGGUAAAAAGGUCCGGCAUCUUGUGUAUGUGGGUGCUUCUGGGAUAGGUAAAACCAGAUUAUUGGAUCAUUUGAUAGUUGGUGCAGAACAUAGAGACUUAAGAGUGAUAUCAUGUGCAGUACAAAUGAAUGACAGAUUUAACAAUAAUUUCUUGACCAGACAUAUAAUGAGAAUGCUGAUAACAAGUGCUGGUUUAUCCCACCAGAUAGACAGGGAACCAGAGAUUUUAGAGAAAAUAGCAUCAAAAGGCUUGUUGGGGAGUCUUGGCCUCAUGCCACAUGUACUUGGUACACAGUUGUCAAAGGUGAACAUUUAUAUCAAGUCAGAUGAGGUUAUGGGAAAUCCUGAUGAUCUAUCCAAAGCUAAUGAACUGAUUGGUACCAUAGCAGAACUGUGUAUACAUAAAAGCACCCCAGUUGUCAUAAUAUUAGAUGAUGCUCAGAACAUUGAUGAGGAAUCUUGGACCACACUCUAUUAUUUGAGCCAACUGACCCACAUUCUUCUAGUACUUUCAAUUCGACCUAAAGCAGUAGAUGAACCUUCCUGUCCAGCAGCAGCCAGUUUCUUUGACAGCCGUAACAUAUACAUUGAAGAUAUAGGAGGAAUAGAAAGCAAAUACUUGACUGCAUUAGCAUGCCAGUUGAUGGAUGUUGUAAGAAUACCAGUUGCACUGGAAAGAUUGUUAAAAGAAAGAUGUCAUGGUGUACCAUACUGGUGUGAACAAGUAUUAAUUGACAUGGUAGAAAAGAGGCAGUUGAUGAUCUUAGAGACGGAAGAAGGAAGUCAUAUAGAAGAGUCUACUAUUGCUCCUAAUGCUAACCAUAUCAAACGUAUACAAUACAGAGCUGAACACCCUGCCGCUGAAUUUAAACAGCUGAAUGAUAUAUUUCUUACAGCUACUACAAUUGAAUCUUUAAUGGACAGUAAAGAACCGACAUCAGCCAACUUUUUAAAAGAUUUGGGAUACAUCCACAAAGAGACAGAACACAAGGGAAAGUCCAAACAGAGAAUUGCUGUGUUUUCUCCACAUGUUAACCCAGUAGAUAUACCUGUACCUGAUAUUAUGAAAAAUCUUAUUACUGCAAAGAUAGAUUCAAUGAGAGCCACAGAACAGUUGAUAGUCAAAUGUGCCUCAGUACUAGGAGAGACCUUUCCUAGAGAUAUGAUAGAGAGCAUUCUACCAAAUGUCAACCGAAUCAAGGCCAGAAAAUCUUUCAAAGUUCUCAGAAAGACAGGAAUAUUUGAAUGUGCAAAUUUACACAACCCUCUGUAUAACAAAUUCUCUAAAGACGAUGAGGAAUAUGAUAUAAUGGAAUGUUAUUGUCCCAGAGGUGAUGAACAUAUAGAUAGAAGUCUAUGUAACCUGAUGAAGUUUACUAAUUUGAUACUGAUGGAGACAUGUUAUAAGAUACUGAUGGAGAGUCAGAGAAAGACCCUACAUGCUAGUGCUGCUAAUUAUCUAGAGAAACAGGCUGAUCAGAUUAGGAAGGAUAUUCCAUAUUAUGCGUUGGAGAGACCUCCCCCAAAGUUUAAUCAGGAAGAAAAAGAUAGGAAUCACAGUAGAAGGAGAAGUUCUAAUAGAGUUGAAGAUAUAGCUGUAGCUGAUGCUGAAUCUUAUAUGAGAGUAAGGGGCAGGAGGAAAGGUAUCCAGAUACAGGAUGUAAGUGUACUCCUUCCCACAUUGCUGAAGUCUAUAGAAUCCGACAUGACACAAGAUCAAGCCUGUGAAAGUUUAAUGCCAAUAUAUAGCCAGAUCUAUCACCACAGGAAGGCAACACAAAACUACAUGAACAUAAUUGAUAUAUUGGUGGAGGAGGCAGCUGCAUCUAUUGUCAUGAAACAAACCUCUAAUGCAAUGAAGAAAUUAGAAGAUGCAGAGGAAGUAAUUAAUGAAAUGAUAGACAAAGAGAAAAUGGAUGAAGAAGAUGAUGAUUUGUAUGUUUUGUAUGCUAAGCUUGCAAGGCUUACUGGAAAGGCAUUGUAUGUAUCUGGAGAAAAAGAAGAUGCCUUGCUGUACACAAGACAUGCUGCUAAAUUAUUAAAGAUAGCUGAACCAGAAGGCUAUUGUAGUACUCAUGCUCGAUAUUAUUUCUUGUGGAUAUUCCUUAAAUUUCUGAGAAUUUCUACAAAACCUAGGAAACCUUCAACUGACAAAACUGUGGAACAAGGAUAUUGUUUAUCUGAACUGUAUGAAUUUGAAAAAGAGAACAAUGAAGAAUGGAAGAUGUCAAUUAAUAGUUUUAGACAGAUGAUCAAAAUUACGGGCAGAUUUAGUAAUCUACAUCAGAUGAUUAGAGCUUACAAAGUAAUGAUUGAAUAUUGUGGAAAGUACAAUCAUCCAAAGAUGAAAGAUAAACUAGAAAAAGAAUUUUUGUCAAGUUGCCUAGCAAGAAGUGAGGAACUACAAGCCGAUGACCUGGCUAUGAUGUCUGAAGUCUGCUCUGAUAUCUGUCUAAAAAGCUUAGAGAAAGGAGACAUCAGUCGAGCUAUUUCUUCUGGUACAGCUGUAGUAGAAAUUGGAGACAGUAUGAAACAAACUGACAUCAACAGAACUGUGUAUCCACUGAUGGCACUAACAUUACUUUUUACUGAUAAGAAGACUCCUUGUCUAGACAUCAUGCAGAAGAUGAAAUCUUAUAACAAGAAGAAGUAUAGCACUGUUGGUCAGGCCUGGUACCAUGCUAUUAACAUGGAGGUCAUGCUUAGCUGGAAUAUAUCUCAGGAACCUUUUGAUGACAGUUUAGAUUUUGCCACCUAUUUAAUGAGCAAAGCAGAUGCUGUCUACAAUGAUAUGCUCCCAAGAUACAUGCUUACCAUGUCUAUUGCAAUGUGGUACUGUAGACAUGACCAGUGGUCAAGUGCCCAGAUUUGGUUUGAUUAUUGGGAAGUGUUUGAUCUUGGUGAGAUCAAUUUUCUAUCAGUAUAUGUUCUAGCAAGAAAGAUAGAGAUCAUGUUAAUGUCACUGAGUAUCAGUAAAAUUACAAAACCAAAGUUUCUAUGGAAACAGUUACUAACAGCUGCUUCAGAGGAUCUCAAGAAAAUGUCAGGAGCAGUGAAGAAGGUUGUCACACUUAAACCAAGAUACCAUCAUUUAAAGGCUUACCUACUAGCACUGAAGCAGAAAUAUUGUUGGUCAAAAUUAAAAAUCAUAAAGGCAUUGAAACUGGCAAAAAAGCAAGGAAAUAAACUGGAAUAUGGGUGGAUAAAACACAACAGACAUCACUGGUUUGGAGGGAGAGCACACAUUAGGGGAGAUAACCCUGCUGCUGCUGAAUGGUACAAACUGUUCAGUAGCUCAUACCAGCAAGGAUUUUGUACAUGGCCACUAGUUGCUAAAUAGAGAUAUGAAAAUGUUGAGCAUUUGUCACAUUAUCUAUAACUUAAAAUGAAUGAAAAUGUGUCAUUUAUAACUGCUUGAUCAAGAUAUUAAAAUGUUGAGCAUUUGUAACAUUAUCUUAAACUUUGAACUUAUUAUGUAAGGUUACAACUUCUUACUGCUUUGAAUGAAAAUGUGUUAUUUGUAGUAACUAAAUAGAUAUAUGAAAUGAUGAUCAUUUGUAACAUUGUCUGUAACUAUGAAAUGUAUAUGUAUAGAUGCAAUAUCUUUCAGCUUGGAAUGAAAUGGUGGUGUUGUACACUGCAGUUUAUUGUCAUUUGUUGCAGUUCUGAAGACAGAUCUGUUAUUUUUAUCUUCUGCUGUCUUUUUAUUUGUCAUUUCUUUUUUAAUGCAGCUUCUUUGAAGUUUCUCAUUAUAAAUCAUCCAGUGUAUAACAUAAUCUUCAACUGAUUUCUUCUUCCUAGAAUUGCAUUAUAUGUUUGCAAAUGGAUUUUAAACAGACAGCAAUCGAUCAUUCAAACUUGUUUCCCCAUACAAUGACAAUUUCUUUAUAUGAAUGAGGCAUGCAUAUUUUAUUUAGCUAGAAUUUCGUAAUAGAACCAACUUGUUCAAUUUGCAAGAGAACCAU